CACCAUGGUCCCUAGAUGGUAAAGACACAACAUAAUUAUAAUAAUAAAUUUGCUUUAUUUAUUAUUAUCAAUUACCUAACCAUAAUAUCACACAUAAAUAUUUCACAAAAACGCAGCAGUUUCGUUCGGUCGCAGUGUACAGACAAAGGCUGGGCGGGCGGCGACGGCGCCCCGCGAGCCAGAGCCGCGCCGCCGCCCGCCCAGCCCAGUCGCGUCACACUCCCAGUGUUUGUUGUGAUAUCACCGCUAAAACUCCUGCAGAGGACAUCAGAUUAUUGCACAAGCAUCAACAUGACGUCGCCAGCCAUCACCAAGUCGCCCGACAACCAGAAGGGAGAGAAGAAGUCGCCGAGCCACUCCGCCGGGGCGCCGGCGGAGGCCGCGGCCACCGAGCCCGCCGCGGCCAGUGCGCCCGCGCCGCCCGCAGAGACCUUCAGCUGGCUGCGGAUCUUCAAGCUGGCCGACCUCAUGAUGAAGCAGGGCUGCUAGAUCACUAGGCCCAAGCAGAAGAAUGAAAGGAACAUCGUGAACCAACUUGCUAUCGAAACUUUCGGCAACGAUAUUAAUCGCAUGAUUGAAGGUUGGUCGGUCAUAUUGUAGGUAUCCAUUGUUACAAUAUUAAUGUUUAGAGGUUUCUGUCGAGUCCUUUCUAUACUAAUUCACUACAUAAUAUGGUAUUAGUAGAAUAGGUAAUAUAUUUUUAUUGUUAAAAUACUUUAAGGAUUUCUCAUUUUAUCUGUUGUUACUUGUUGCUAGCAUUCCUUUUCUUGGGAUUUGUUUUCUAUCUAGUCUUACUUGUUAUAGAUUUCGAUUUUUAUAAUGUACCAAAUGUUGGCAUCUUAUUUUUCACAUAUAACUGACUCCCUGUUUAUGAUUCUUAUUCGAAAUCUAUCUUGAUGUUCUACUGUUGUAGUUUAGAUGUGGGACUUUUGAGUCCUAUGAGAGGAUCCAGUUGCGUUAGGUAUAGUUAAUUAGAAGUCAAUUUUAGGAUAAUUAACACAGCAUUUAAGUUACUUAUAUAGAAAAGUAUAGAUCAUUUCAAAAGUGCAUGUGAUAAUAAUAGUGAGUACCGUUGUUUGUAGUUUUUUUGUGGAGGCUGAUAUAUGAUAAAUUACGCUGUUUGUUUCGUUUUUGGAAAUCUGUGAAUCAGGACUUUACAAGUUAUAUUUUAUUCCAAUUAUGUAGACUGUUGAAUGAAUUUAAAUAAAUUCCUAUUGAUCUUACCAAACUA